UCGUGGCUUGGACAACUGACGGGAGAAAAAAGGCUGUGUGCUCUCGGCGCUCCUCACACUUGCAACUCAGCGCGCCGGGCCGUCUCCCCCCAACCCCCAGCAGGCGAUCUGGAUUUAUCCCGGGGUUAACCUCGAUUUUGACACAUUGCCAUUUCCAAUAAGGCCAGCCUCCUUGCCGAAAGAAGUGCUUCCCCUGGGUGAAAUCCCAGCAGCUUCAUUUGUGAAUACGGGGUGCUUUGCCUUCAGGAAUACAGAAAAAAUAGCAAAGUGGAGUCAAGCACACACAACAGCUUCAUGGGCUUGAAGGAUCAUCUGGGGCAUGACCUAGGCCACCUUUAUGUGGAGAGCACUGACCCACAUUUAAGUACAUCUGUACCUUGGUCAAUGGUGGAAAAGCCAACAAUGGAUAAAGUUAAUUCCGGGAAGGAAGAGAAAGAGGUGUCUGAAGAGAAUGUGAGCUCUGGUGACUCUGAAGAAAGCACAAAUUCUGAUAAUGAAUCAGAACAAUCGAGAAGCAUUUCAGUAGAGCCAUGCUUAUUAACCAAGACUCACAGACAACUGUGUAGGUCUCCCUGCUUAGAGCCUCAUCUACUCAAACGCAGUGACAUUUUGCAAGACUUUAAACCUGAGGAGUCCCAGACUACCUCCAAGGAAGUGAAGAACCCCCCCGAUGUGUUGCGAGAAUACCAAACAAAACUCGAGUUUGCACUUAAGUUAGGCUAUUCUGAAGAACAGGUUCAGCUUGUGCUCAAUAAACUUGGUACCGAUGCUUUAAUCAAUGACAUCUUAGGCGAGCUCGUCAAGCUUGGAAACAAAAGUGAUGCUGAACAGACGGUUAGCACGGUUAGCAGUCUGACGCGGGAGACGCCUUCCCUGGAGUCUCAGCGCUCGGACUCUCCGAUGCAAGAGCUCGUAGCGGAUGACGGGGAGAACCUGAGGCCGGUAGUCAUUGAUGGCAGCAACGUGGCCAUGAGCCAUGGAAACAAAGAAGUAUUUUCCUGCCGGGGAAUCAAAUUGGCAGUGGAUUGGUUUUUGGAAAGAGGCCACAAAGAUAUUACAGUUUUUGUUCCUGCUUGGAGAAAAGAGCAAUCCCGACCUGAUGCUCUGAUUACAGAUCAGGAGAUCCUGCGCAAGCUCGAGAAGGAGAAGAUCCUGGUGUUCACGCCGUCGCGGCGAGUGCAGGGAAGGCGAGUGGUGUGCUACGACGACAGGUUCAUCGUGAAGCUGGCUUUCGAGUCGGACGGGGUCAUCGUGUCCAAUGACAACUACCGAGACCUGGCCAACGAGAAACCCGAGUGGAAGAAGUUCAUCGAUGAGCGGUUGCUGAUGUACUCGUUUGUCAACGACAAGUUCAUGCCUCCUGACGACCCCCUCGGCAGACACGGCCCGAGCCUGGAUAAUUUUCUGAGGAAGAAACCUAUUGUUCCUGAACACAAAAAACAGCCUUGUCCAUAUGGGAAGAAGUGCACGUACGGCCACAAGUGCAAGUACUACCACCCCGAGAGGGGCAGCCAGCCGCAGCGGUCGGUGGCCGACGAGCUCCGCGCCAUGUCCAGGAACACGGCGGCCAAGGCCGGCAACGAAGGCGGGCUGGUGAAGAGCAACAGCGUCCCCUGCAGCACGAAGGCGGACGGCGCCGCGGACGUCAAGCGCGGGGCCCCCAAGAGGCAGUCGGACCCCAGCAUCAGGACGCAAGGCUACCAAGACCUCGAGGAAAAGCUGCCCACCAAAAACAAAUUGGAAACCAGGUCUGUACCUUCUUUAGUUAGCAUCCCGGCGACUUCGACCGCCAAACCCCAAAGCACCACGUCUCUAAGCAAUGGCCUUCCAUCCGGAGUUCACUUCCCAGCUCAGGACCCAAGACCACAGGGGCAGUAUCCUCCGCUGAUGAUGGCAACCAAAAACCACGGCGCGCCCAUGCCUUACGAGCAGUACCCCAAAUGCGACUCGCCCGUGGACAUCGGGUACUACUCCAUGCUCAACGCCUACUCGAGCCUGAGCCUGUCCGGCCCGCGCAGCCCCGAGCGCCGCUUCUCCUUGGACACGGACUACAGGGUGAGCUCCGUGGCCUCCGACUGCAGCAGCGAAGGCAGCGUGAGCUGCGGCAGCAGCGACUCGUACGCGGGCUACGCCGACCGCUCGUACGUCAGCUCCCCCGACCCGCAGCUGGAGGAGAACUUGAAGUGCCCGCACGUGCACGCGCACGGCCGCCUUAACUCCCAGCCCUUCCUGCAGAACUUCCACGACCCCGUGGCCAGAGUGCAGAGCUACGCUCACGAAGAACCAAAGUACCACCCCAAGCCGCCGCUCCCGCACCUGGCCGUGCACCUGCCGCACCCCGCCGUGGGGGCCCGGGCCAGCUGCCCCGGCGACUACCCCUCCCCGCCCGGCUCCGCCCACUCCAAGGCCCCGCACCUGGGGCGCGCCCUGGUGGCCACCAGGAUAGACAGCAUCUCCGACUCGCGGCUCUACGACAGCUCGCCCUCGCGGCAGAGGAAGCCUUACUCGCACCAGGACGGGCUGGGCGGCUGGGAGCGGCCCGGCUACGGGGUGGACGCGUACGGCUACCGGCAGACCUACUCCUUGCCCGACAGCUCCACGCAGCCCUGCUACGAGCAGUUCACCUUCCAGAGCCUCCCCGAGCAGCAGGAGCCCGCCUGGCGCGUCCCCUACUGCGGGCCGCCGCCAGACCCCCCGCGGUACCAGGACAGCCGGGAGAAGGUCUACGUCAACCUGUGCAACAUCUUCCCGCCCGAGCUCGUGAGGACGGUCAUGAAAAGGAACCCGCACAUGACAGACGCCCAGCAGCUGGCCGCGGCCAUCCUGGUGGAGAAGUCGCAGCUGGGUUACUGAGAGACGAUGCAUCUUUGUGGUGUGGAGUCGUUUUUCGUUCAGCUCAAAGGCUGAGGGAGGUUUGCUACAAUAGCACAUGUGAUCUCCUUCUCGGCAAGGAGGUUCUAUAGUAUCCAUUUCUGUGAAGUACCGUAUCAUGGAAUCUGUACGUAUGGCCCCACGUAGUGGAAGUAUCACGGGAUUGCUUUACAUUGAACCGGUGGUGGUUGUGUGGUUUUUUGGUUGGUUUUUGUUUUUUUUUUGGUUUCUUUUUAACAUUUCCUUUUUAAAGGUAUAUCCUUGGCUGGAAAUUUCUCCAGUUUGAUUUAUUAGAUGUCUCCGUGAUCUUUGAUAUUCCUCUUUGGUGCAUCAGGGGUUUAUAUGCAGCACUUUUUAUCCUUGUUUUGUGUUUUCUUAACUUGGUGUUUGUCUAUCGAUUGCAAGCAAUUAUAAUACCUUCAGAACGUUGAACAUUUGACUAGACCCUAGCCAACUAUUUUUUCAAGCCAAGCUUAAUUGGAAUAUUUUACAGCUUUUUAAGUUAUUUUUAUUUGGGGAAAGUGGGCUUCUUUGUGCUAUAAUCAUUAUUUAUAGAUACCAAGAUAUACUACCGCACUGACUUUAUAUUCUAAACAAAAUGGAAGUUACCAGUUAACGUUGAAAGGGUAACCGUCUAUAUAUUAGAAUGAUUGACAAUAUGGCACUUUUCAUUGUGUUAUUUUUGUUCGGGAUUUUUUUUUCCUGUUAAGUAAUGAGUUAAUUUAAGAUGGUUGAUUUAAAGGAAAGCAGAUGCAAUCAAUGGGAAAAAAAUGGUUUCCAUUUUAUUUCUAUUUUUCUUACUGAAUAAGGCAAAAGCCGUGGGUGCUCCAGCACAGAGCUCUGUUACCCAGCCAUGAUGUGCUUCUAGACGGUAGAAAUGGAAUUGAAUUCCCAGAUUCUCCUCAACUGGUAUUUUUAAUGUGUUCGUCUUUUUGUUUGGGGGUCACAACAAGACUGGAUAAAAUAACCCUUUCACAAUACUUGCCUGUUUUUAAUGAAUCUAAUUAUUCUCAAUGCAACUUUUAUAUUUAAUAUACUCGUUAGCUUUCCUGCUGUUUAUCAAGGCUGGCCUGAGGGGGGUGUGUGCACUGAGGGUAUGCAAAGCUGACUGGCACUGCACUAGGGGGAAGGGGGCGGUGGGCUUGGCAACAGUAACUUCAGACGUUUGUAAGAUAGUGUAUAUUUCCCAUUUUCCUGAAGGUAGUCUUUUUUUUUGGGGGGGGGGGGAGGGCCUGUUAUAUUAUUAAGGCCAGAUUCUUGCCACAAAUAGUGUAGUUUUAGCUACAGACUAAAGUCUGUUCUAGUAUUAGUAAGGGAUAUUUCUGGUUUCAAAGUUACGGGUUUUGCUAGAUGCGGAUUCAUUUUUGUCUUGAGAAGAUGGACGUCGCACAGGGUGGCAGACGGUGGUGUGGUUGGGGGGACCUCGCUGCCGUGUCCAGGCUUUGAGUUUUGCUUCGUGUAACAGACUCCUCUGAGCGGUGUCUGUCGUCUGCCUCGAGGCCCUGGUGAUUCUGAUUAUCCUACACGCUGCAGUUUGAAGUGAAGCCCUGAAAAGCCAGAAAGUACCUUUUACUGUUGAUACAAAUUGUAUCUUUUUAACUCUAAGAACUAUUUUGAUUUGUAGAUCUAGUGAAAACACACAUGUGUAACUAUGAUUAGACUUUUGGGCAACAUUUUAUCCCUUAUUUAAAUACGAAAUUUUAAAGUAAAAUUGAGGUCUAGGAUAGGGUAGAGCAUAAAAAGUAACCAUUUAGGUAAAUAAAAGUGUCUGUGUUAGUUUUAUAUAAUAUAUUGAAAUAUAUUAAAUACAUUUAUUGGCAUUUUCUUUCUCCUAAAACUUACCUAGUGAGAACUUAAAAAUAAAGGUAAAAUGCUGCCUGAAAAUAACGCCCAAGCACCUUUGACUAGGAUAACAUUUUCACUACUUGUGUGACACCGUGUGUUGCAUGAAGUAGGAUUUGGGUACACAGUAAAUGCUUCUAAAAGGCAUUGUGCAUAUUGACAUAUCCAAUAAUCUGAACCGUGUUCAGCAAACUUAAUUCAGGAAAGUGGUGUUCUACACAAUUAUUGCUGUUGUUCUUGAGGUGAGCGUGGCCCUCGUCUGUGCCCAGAAGCGGUGCGGAUGGCGCCGCGCCACCCAUUCGGAGCGGUGUCCGCGCGUGACUCUGUCCUCGAUUUCGUCGCUCAAGUGUCUAUAGAACAGGUUUCCGUGUAGAGGCUGAAUGAGUGCCAAAACUAGGGUUACCGACGUGGCGUACCUUUCACAGUAAUCAUCUUCUAGCCAUUUUUUUUUUUUUUAGUGUGAAAUCAUUUUUAAAUUCUAAGUUUUGCUUCCACUUUCUUAGUUUUAGCAUUUUCCUUAUCUGAAGAUGCUGCCAGACUUUACCACGUUUAUUUAAAUGAGGUCUUUGGUGAAGUGUCCUACUUCCCAUGUGACCUGCUCAUGUCUGCAGCUGUCUGUCACUGCUUCCUGGCUUCUAGACUAAGGCAAAAUAGUGUAGCCUGUCCCCGCCUGUCCUGAGGUGAAGAGCUCUGAACGACUCACCCUGAAAUCCUUCAGUAUAAUUCAUGGUGAGUUACUCAACAGCCGUUUUCUUAGGUCAAGAGGACAAUUUGUCCCCCUCCCUUUUGUCUUUUCGCCACCCAUGUUGCUUUCAGAGGUUAAGAAUAAGAAGGUUGGCAGACCUGAGAUACAGCGAAUUCUUCAUCAUCUAAAGCAAUAAGUAAAAGGAUCCAUCAUUUAAUUGAUUGCAUAGCUGGUCCCAAACCUUCAUUGUCACCAAAACUUUCACCUUAAUCCUGUCUUUCACCAGAUUUGCUAAUAAAUAACUGGAAAGGGAGGUAGUUAAGUAGGAAAACUGCCCCAAGUGGUCAGUUGAUAGAAGAAUUCAGACUGGAAUAUUCUGCCCUGAGUAAGUGACAACUGACUGUACUUUGCACAGUAGCCGGUUCCUUGUGUGUGUGUGUGUCUGAGUACCGAGGGAGUCACAUCGGGCUGGCCAGGCACCGGCCACCGAUGUUUCCUCCUUUCUUGCACGUGAUGACCUAUGUUUUCAGUCUGUGUACGAUCUCUGUAUCCUGAUAGAGUUUGUCAUUGACCUCAAUAUUUGAAAGAAAUGCACACCAGUAUAAAAUGUUUCAUACUGGUAGAAACUUGAACUUUGUGCUUUUAUGAAAUUUCCUUUAGGAGAAUAUGUAAUAUAACUAAUAAGAGCAGUUUUAUAUGUAUAUAUACACAAAUGCAUACCUAUUUGUUAUGAAGUAUUAAACGCGGGAGGGCGUUAGACUUUCGGUGGCUGAACUUUCCCUUCGUUGAACUCUGUUUCUGAAUUGCAGAUGACCAAGGCUGGAGUCUGGAUGACCAAUGAUAAGAUUUAGAACCACUUGAAUGGAAAGCAGUUCUUCAAUGGUUUUAUUCCUGGUAUUUUUAAAGAGUUAUUUUGAUAAUUUUAAUAGAAUGUGUAAUUUUAAAACACACAAAAAACCUUUAAAGUAGUAUUGAUUAUACAGAUAAUUAUUUAACAUGUCUUUUAUGGAUGUAUCUAUGUAUAUGGACAGUAAUAUAUUUAUAAAACAAAUAUACUUUGAUUACAUUGUAGUGUUAGUGUGUGAUAGGUUAGAGGGUGCCUCUGGAUAGGGAAGUGUGUGUGUUCUUAAACCCGUCGAGCUGUUUUACCCCAAGUUAAUGGCACUGACCCUGAGGUGUAUUUGGCUUUCGUUCUCAUUUUUACUCUCCAACUUCCUUAUUAUAAGACGAGCUUCCUAGGUAUACACCAGCCAGUCAUCCAGAGUGUGAUAUACAUGAACUGCACAUGUGCAUGAGAGUACGAGAAAGCAGAGUUAAUGCAAGUAGAGAAACCUGCAAUAUUGGCAACGGGUCUGGGAAACUCCCUAGGGCAGAGGUGGACAGGCUUUUUCUGAAAGAUCAGACAGUAACUAAUUCAGGCUUCGAGAAUCAUAUGCUCUUUAUAAACUGCUUACCUCUGCACUAAGAGCAUGAAAGCGGCCACGGGCAGGAACGUACAGGAGCCGUGUGGCCGUGCGGCAGUAGAACUUGACUUAGAGAAACAGGCAGCCGGUGGUCUGCUCAUCUCUGUCCUAGAGGGAGACAAACAGGCAUAUGAAGCAGUAAGCCCUGAUAUAUAUGUUAAGAUACGAAGUGAGAACUGUAUUUCAGGUGAUGCUGUUGGUGGUCUUCACAGGAAGACUGUGAACCCAUCCCAUGACUUAACUGUUUAUUCAGUCACACCCAUUAUUUAUAUAUUAGAGACGUUUCUUAAGGUUUAACCAUACACACAAAAAAGCAUUCGGUCAACAGAUGUUUUACUAAGUAUCAAGUUGUUUUUUUUUCCAUGAAUUUUGUAUUUCUAUUAAUAAAUGGGAACACCUUACCUACACUUUCUGUUUUAAGGGCCUUACGGACCAAAAAUUCUGUUGUAUUUUGAAACUUAGCAUGUCAUUAGACACAAAAUAUCUUAAAGACUGCUUUGUCCGUUAAAUUUUUCUGGUUUUCUGACUUCAAAAAAAAAAAAAAAAAAAAAAAAGACAGAUGUGCCCUUCUUUAUAAGUGGUUUUAAAGAAGAUCAACAUAUUGUAAUUUCACAUACUAUAGCUUUAUUCUGUAAGAUUUAAAAUUGUGACUAGUGUAACUGUAGCGAUGAUGUGAGUGCAUUUGCUGUGUCGUGGCUUUCUUUAUAUGGAACCAAGUGUAUCCUGCUUUCUCUGUCCAGAUCUUUGGUGUAGAUUCCUGAGACACCUCAGGACUGUCCUUGGUGAAUAUUCCGAACACGGUCACAUGUGAUUUUAAAUCCAUCGGCACGUUCACUCACAGCGCUUUAUCGACCGUGUUCCUGUUUUCACACUCUUCCCGUAGGAACUUUAACUAGUUCUGAACAUUACCAUCCACUGUAGUUACACUUGAUUUUAAAAUUGGAAUACGACUCUGACUCUCAACAGCAUUCACUGUUUGGACCGGCCACUUUUUUCCCCCUUUCAUGCCAUCUGCUCCCGUUUACCUCCAUUACGGAAACACUGCUCUGUGGCAGGAGUGGCCUUUUCCCUAAGGUCUGCAGCCUUGAAGACUUAAAAACAAUUUAGGGUUUUGACCAUUUGGCAGUUAAAACUUUUUGGAAAAGCCAGUCCAUGUCUUAAUUUAGUUUCAUAAAAUUUGGAAAAUUCCACUUUUCAACCAUGUAGCAAAUCUGCCACUUGUCUGUCUGGUAUUUCAGAUGAAUAACCAAUUGUUUGCUGUCCCUCUCUUAAAGCAGCUUACGUCUUUAGGGGAAAAGACCUUGAAAAGCACUGGCUUGUUUUUAAACCAUUUAUGUUUUAGAUUCUUUGUUUUUUUUUUUUUAAUAAUAUGUUUCCUAGCUAAUACAAAAUACCCACCAACAUGCAAACUCCUCAGAGACAUAAACAUAGCGCUGUAAGUGACCAGAGACUGAUCUCAUCUUCUCCCAUGAGGUGGUUUUCUUCCCGAACCAUAGCCAUGUGCCGAUGGAAUUUCCAAUUCGGUCCUUCAGACUUUUCUUCUAGGAAAAUAAAGUCAAGAAUGUUUAGAACAACCAUUGGACAAACUCAUGUGAUUCUAUUUAUUCUAUGUCUGCUCUGUGUGUUUCUGUACUGGAAUUUUUACAACUCCAAAAACGCAGUAUUUUAGACCUACUGGAAAUCCCUAUCAGAACAGCUAUGUGAUUCUGCCACUGAGAAAAAAAAUUAAAAAGUUCAUUUUUUUA